AUGAAUGGUUUCACCGAGCAUGGCCUCUCCGAGGACGCCUUUGGCGCCUCCAAGGGAGGCAUCUCGUCCUUUGAUGCUUUCCCUAAAACCAAACCCACCUACCUUGCCCGCACGCGCAACGGCGGCGCCUGGACACUCGUCCUCCUUGUAACAUGCGCAUACCUCCUUGUCACCGAGACCGUUCGCUGGUUCACCGGCACCACCUCGCACACCUUCAGCGUCGAGAAAGGCGUCUCACACGACCUACAAAUAAAUAUUGACUUUGUGGUUGCAAUGAAGUGCCCCGACCUCCACGUAAACGUGCAAGAUGCAGCGGGCGAUCGCAUUCUGGCUGGAGACAUGUUGCAUAAAGAUCCGACUUCUUGGCGGCAAGCAGGGAAGUCAAAGGGAAUUCACACUUUAGGAAGUGGGCCCGACGACGGUCAUGGCUGGGAGGACAUGGAGGACGUUCAUGACUUCCUUGGAGCUGCCAAGCGGAAGAGGAAGUUCAAGAAGACUCCAAAAUUACGGGGUCCAGGAGACGCGUGUCGAAUCUAUGGCAGUCUGGACGGCAAUAAGGUCCAAGGAGACUUUCACAUUACCGCGAGAGGACACGGUUAUGCGGAAUUUGGGGAGCACUUGGACCACAGCACAUUCAACUUCUCCCACUACAUAAACGAACUCUCCUUCGGCCCCUUCUACCCUUCCCUCGAAAACCCUCUAGAUGCGACAGUUGCUACAACGCCCAACCAUUUUUACAAAUUCCAGUACUACCUCUCCAUCGUCCCCACUAUAUACACCACCGAUACCCGCAGUCUGAAUAAGAUUGCGGCCAAGGCCUCCCCUUCUGCUUCCGAUGCGCUUGCCUACGCCGGCCAUACUAUUUGGACAAACCAGUACGCGGCUACCUCGCAGUCUCAUCUAGUCGGCGAGAACCAGGUGCCGGGUAUCUUUGUCAAGUUUGACAUCGAGCCAAUAACCCUCACAAUUGCAGAAGAAUGGGGUGGAUUCCUUGCACUACUAGUGCGGCUUGUGAACGUUAUCAGCGGUGUAAUCGUUGCGGGCAGUUGGUGCUAUCAGCUUUUCGAUUGGAGCGUCGAGACAUGGGGAAGGAGGGGACGACGGAGAGAGCCAUUGGGCGUUCUCACAGGAAGGCAGAGUGGAGAGUUCGAUGAGAAGAGGGCGUAUGACUAG